CAGCCGGGUCGCCUCUGCCUUCGCGCAGGUGGCCUCGGGGCGAGGCGGUGCUAUCGAGGGAAAGCCGCCGGUGCCGCCUGCCCGAGGCACAAACCCCGCGUGGGGUCGAAGGCCGAGGGCAGCUCCGGAGCCGCGGGGCGAAGCGGGCGGCGGCAGCAGCCGGGCCGGGGGCCGCCCCUCCAGUCCCCGCCCCGGCCCGCCGCUCCCAGCCCCGUGCACGGCUCGGCACGGCGCGGAGGGGGUGGGUGGCGGCAGCCCUGUGACUCAUGCCUGCGUCGAAGCAGAUCAAGCGGCGAUUCACGCUUUUAAAAAAGCAAAUCCGAGCACUUCUGGAAAAAAAGGUCAUCUCGCAUUAAAUUCCGCGGCGCGAUUGGUAUUCCGACGUCGUUUCUGGCGGAGUUUAUAAGCGGCGAGUCGCUCCCAGGCUGGAGUCGCCCUGCCUGCUUGGACGCCGGCAGCCAGAGCGCUCCGCUCGCCCCCUCGUAAAUUCCUUGCUGCCCACCCGCGCUCGGAGGAAUAGCGAAGGAAACCCGAGCUCCAGGGAUCGGGGCUUUUCUGAAAGGAUGGCUUCCUCCGCUCCCUCGUCCUCCAACGACGCUCCGGACCCCACCCCGACUAAUUUACGACCCACAACCUACGACUCGUGGUGUGGCGUGGCGCACGGGUGCACCAGGAAGAUCGGGCUGAAGAUAUGCGGGUUCCUGCAAAGGACCAACAGUCUGGAAGACAAGGGCCGGAUCGUGAGCUCCCUGAAGGAAAGGCGGUCCUCCAAGAGCCUGCUGGCGUGUGAGAACAGCGAGAAGGAGUCCAGGUUCCGGCGCACCGAGACAGACUUCUCCAAUUUGUAUGCCAGAGAUUUGCUGCCCGCCAAGAACGGCGAGGAGCAGACCAUGCAGUUCCUGCUGGAGGUCGUGGACAUCCUCCUCAACUACGUGAGGAAGACGUUUGACAGGUCCACCAAAGUGCUGGACUUCCACCACCCGCACCAGCUCCUGGAGGGCAUGGAGGGCUUCAACCUGGAGCUCUCGGACAACCCCGAGUCCCUGGAGCAGAUCCUGGUGGACUGCAGGGACACGCUCAAGUACGGGGUGAGGACAGGUCAUCCGCGCUUUUUCAAUCAGCUCUCCACAGGGCUGGACAUCAUUGGCUUGGCUGGGGAGUGGCUGACAUCGACUGCGAACACAAACAUGUUUACAUAUGAAAUUGCCCCUGUUUUUGUCCUCAUGGAACAAAUAACACUUCGAAAGAUGAGAGAGAUUAUUGGAUGGUCGAAUAAAGAUGGCGAUGGAAUAUUCUCACCUGGAGGAGCUAUUUCCAACAUGUACAGCAUAAUGGCCGCACGCUACAAAUAUUUCCCUGAAGUCAAAACCAAAGGCAUGGCUGCAGUCCCUAAACUGGUUCUCUUUACCUCAGAACAUAGUCAUUACUCAAUAAAGAAAGCUGGAGCUGCACUUGGAUUUGGAACAGACAACGUGAUUUUGAUAAAAUGCAAUGAAAGAGGCAAAAUAAUACCAGCUGAUUUGGAAGCAAAAAUUUUGGAAGCGAAACAAAAGGGAUACAUUCCUCUCUUUGUAAAUGCAACCGCAGGCACAACAGUAUAUGGAGCCUUUGAUCCAAUACAGGAGAUUGCAGAUAUAUGUGAAAAAUACAACCUCUGGCUCCAUGUAGAUGCUGCUUGGGGAGGUGGACUCUUAAUGUCCCGAAAGCAUCGUCAUAAAUUGAAUGGAAUAGAAAGAGCCAAUUCAGUCACUUGGAAUCCACACAAGAUGAUGGGAGUAUUGUUGCAAUGUUCCGCCAUUCUGGUCCGGGAGAAGGGUAUACUUCAAGGCUGCAAUCAAAUGUGUGCAGGAUAUCUCUUCCAGCAAGACAAACAGUACGAUGUAUCCUAUGACACUGGAGAUAAGGCAAUACAGUGUGGUAGACAUGUGGACAUUUUCAAAUUCUGGUUGAUGUGGAAAGCAAAGGGUACAGUAGGAUUUGAAAAUCAGAUCAACAAAUGCCUGGAACUGGCAGAAUAUCUCUAUACUAAAAUCAAAAACAGAGAAGAAUUUGAAAUGGUUUUUGAAGGAGAGCCAGAGCAUACAAACGUAUGUUUUUGGUAUAUUCCACCAAGUCUCAGGGGCAUGCCAGACUGCGAUGAGAGACGAGAAAAGUUACACAGGGUGGCACCAAAAAUCAAAGCACUGAUGAUGGAGUCAGGUACUACCAUGGUUGGAUAUCAGCCACAGGGUGACAAAGUCAACUUCUUCCGAAUGGUCAUCUCAAAUCCAGCAGCAACGAAGUCUGACAUAGACUUCCUCAUUGAGGAAAUAGAGAGACUGGGGCAGGAGCUGUAGUGCAAUGGUUGAGUUAUUUAUUUCUCUAAUUCACUGUUUUCCAGUACUGGUUAUUUUUUUAACCCAGUCCUGCAGAACAUGUUUUAAGGAAAUUCCCUUUCUGUAAGCUCCAAUCUCCUAAGACAUCGUUAAACAGCAACAACAAGGUAUAGGCUACUAAAACAUACGUGUAUUGGUAGAUCAUUUUACUGAGGGAAAAUGUAUUAUCUUGAAGUUGAAGUACUGUUGACUCUUACAUUGGUCUUGUUUAUUGUUGUCAGCAGGAAAUUAGUAAGUACUAAAAUAGAAAAUUAAGAACUCUGCACAGUACAUAUGUACAGUAUAAAUAUAUAUAUAAUUAUAUAUAUACAUAUAUAUACAUAUAUAUAUAUAAAGUGGUUAUAAACUUAGACCUAAGCCACAGCAUGUUUUCCACUUUAAGAGAAUUAAGUUUUCCUUCAACAACUAAUGACGUGGAUAAUGUGCUACAGAUUUUUUGCCAGGUAAAAAUAGACAUAUAGAAACAUUUCUAAUAUGUAGAUUCUUAGGAGCUAAAGAAAACGUAUAACAGUAUUAAAUCUUAUUGUUGGUGCUUCUCUUACAUACAAAACAGCAAACUCCAACAGCACCUUUGAGUAAAAUAGUUGUAUUUCCCCUUUAGUGUCACAUCAGGGGAUAAUAGUAGCAGAGUCAUUGUAACAGGUAUAUUAUUGCUGUAUUUUUAGAGGUUAAUUUGUGUAGAUUGUGUAUAUUAUUGUUAAUUGACUUUGUGUAAAAGGAUUUAAAUGUAAUAGUUUUACAGCAAGAUAACUGUUGAAUUGUAGGUAUAUGAAAUAUUUGCUUAUUUAUAUGCAGAGAUUUACCAUGCUGAAGAGUUGUCUUGUAUUUUCUUCCAUUUGUAAUGUAUCCUAUUUAUAUAUUAUUGAAGUUCUAAAUAAUGUUUAUGGUAUUUUAGUGUAUUUGUGAGCCAAAGAAAAAAUACAAAAAUAUUAGUUGACACUUUCAUUUAAAUCGUAGUGCCCUUAAAAUAAUAAUUUACAGAUAAUUUUACUGAUUAGAAAGAAUUCUAACAUUGUAUAUAGAUGGUCAAAUAAUGAAAUCCCCUUAAUCUAUUAGAAUUUUCAUUUUUAUUUAUUGUAAUGUCAGAAUGUCUGUUCAGUGUUCUGAAUGCUUUUCUAGUGAAUAUUGGCUGCUAACCAAGGCCCCUGGUCUUGAGCUGUGUUUCAGAACUGAUCUGUAUGACCAUCCUAACUAAAUUCUUUGGGAAGAUUCCUGAAGGUCUAUAGCAUUUAUAUGGGAGUCUUAACCAGCACCAUUCUUUUAGUGAAAUUAAAUUCACUAUAUAGUUGGAGCACAUAAAAUAAAUAGAAACAAAAUUCAUCUCAGAAUUUUUAAAUACAGCUGGCUUGUUGCAACAAUUUAAACUGGCCAGGCUUUUCAAAGUAUAGACGCCAUCUGCAGCUUGUUCAGUUUUAAUCAUUAGAUAAUCAAUACUGCAAAGUGGAAAAUUCCAUACUGGAAGCAGAAUAGUGGAACAAAAUGAAAAUUCAAUAGUUCUCUGUCUACAGAAUUACUGUCAUGGUGAUAAAUGGAAUAUGCUGAUUUCAAACCUCUUCAUAUAUGAUUCUAUGUCUAUUACCCAUGCAAGUCAAUUAUUAGUUGGGUUUUCUUUUUUUUGUUUGUUUUAUUCUUCUCCAAAUCAGAAAUAAAAUCUAAUUAUUUUAGAAAUAUUCAGUGAAAUGCAGUCACACUAUGCCAUAUUCACAGCUUCUCUCACCCUCUUCAGUUCUGUGGAAGGACAGACAGCUACAGGCAGCAGAUACUUCCAUCCUGCAGGUCCCACAGGUUGUCUUCUGAGGAUGCUGUCUCACAUCUUCGGCUGGGUCAGAACAGGUAGAAAGAAGAAUAUGUAAAAUAAAUAUCACAUUGGAAAGGCACAGCCUUUCCAACUUUUUGUAGGACUAUUGUUCAUCCCUUUUCCAUAACAUUCUGCAAAACCUUUUCUUGAUAUCAUCCAAGUUAAAUCUAAAAUGAUUUUUAAUUUGUCACUAUCUUCUAAGUUUAUGGUUAUGACUUUCAAAAGAUUAUAUACAUCAUUAUGUUUAAGCCUUGAAACCCCUACUAAUCCCAGCAGUACAGUAUUUCUUUAGUAGGUUCUAUUCAUCAAGAUAGUGCAGUUGGUAUCUUGCUUUUUUAAUCUUACACCAUAACUUUCCUUAAUUAUAAGGCUGUUAUCUUACUAUGCCUUUACUAGUUAACAUUUUUUGAUGUAAAACAGCUAUGCUGUAAGACCUGAGGCCUGGCCCACAGAAGCAGUGUGAAUAUUGACUUCAGUACCAACUUCCACAAUAUUGUUAUUCUUUCUAGAUAUAAGCUAUUCAUCAAAAUCUGAGGGCCUCUCACUUAAUCUGUUUUUUAGGAUUAUAGAAUGAAAUUUGUUUUGAAGGGAGAGCAUUGUCACGUUUCAGUUUAAAGGCUUCUGCCUAAAAUCUGGUCUCCAUCACAGUUUUACUUUAUUCAAAGUCCAGCUACAGCAGGUUGAGUCCUUACUUCUUCUGGUUUAUGAGAAACAAUAUGAACUAGGAUAAUCAAUGCAAAUGCAUAUAACUACUGACCUUACUUCACUAGGGUAUUUUGCAUCUUCCACACCAGCAGCACCAUAAUCAUUGUGAUUUCUUCUACAAGUUCCUAGGUGAGAAUUUCUAACUUCCUGCACCUCCUUUGUCAGGUUAUUUCAGAAACAGUAUUACAAAGCUGGAAGAUCACAAUUUACACUUAAUCCUCUAACCUUAACAUUUUAACCUCAUGGAUUUUGUAUCCAGAUCAUUGUCUUGAUAUGAUAGUAACAAUCUAUGGUAUUUGAAAUUUUAUAUCCCCUAGAAGCAUAUAAACUAGGUAAAAAGAAUUAUCUGAUAUAACUGACUGCAAAACUGUAGGAAAGAUUGUAAUAUGGUUUACUGGCAUUCGUACGGCAAGGCUUGGACAGUCUGUUGAUGUAGUCAGGAAUAGAUCUAGAUCUCCUCAGCACGUAUAUUGUGUUUUGCUCACUAGAAUUUCAGCUUCCUUAUUUAGUGGUGCAUCUUGCUUUUUGGAGGUAAGAAGCAUCAGAGGUUUUAGCUGUUGCCAUCGAUGGCUUUUAUACAGAGAGAAAUAAUAGAGCUCCUCCUGCUUGCCUGAGAAAUGAGAAAGUUAUCACAGAGCUGCUUUCUCUAAAGAUUGGAGCGUUAAAUCCAUCUUCCUACACUCUGAAUUUUAUCUUGCCUUUCUGCAGUGUUGUCUUGACAUAGGUGAUACCUACAGGUUAUACUGUUUUUAGUUUAGUUUAGUUUGUUUCUUUUGGUGUGUGUGAAGCUUUUAAUUCUAGUAUCAGCUCCAGAGUGCUUCCCUAUUACAUGUACUGGCUUCCACAUGCACAGGGCUCAUAUUAGUUUCUGACCUGGCUAGCUGAAUUUAACAGAGCAAUUAUGGUCAUCAGUAAGAAAACUCAUCUGUGUUUUCUUAUCAGGUAAUUUUCAUCUCGGUAAUAUGUUACAGCUUCUCAAACAAAAGCUUUCCUGGAAUAUUCCUGUUUUUUAAUCCAUACGCUAUUAACCAUGAGAGAUCAGAAAGUAUGGAUAUACAGAAGUGUUGACUAAUUCAAAGCAUUACAAUUCCAGGUGAGUAACUUUGCUUUUCUGAGGUUUAAAAUAUAGCAAUUUUGUCGUUAAAAUCACACUGACAAUCACUGUAAUUUGCCUGGGUGAAUUCAGAUCAAAGAAAUAAUAGACAAGGUUCUAGCUGAACAUGUAGCUGCAGAGCUUAUUAACUGAAGCAAUUUUUAUAGAAAAGACCGAUCAUUAGAUGAAAAUCAACAGCAGCUGUUGAUUUUGAAUGAGGAGAAUUCUGGUUGUAUUGCUAAAGGUACUUUUCUGGAGAAGAUAGAUUAUACCAUUCAUUGCAGACAGAAAGAACCAGGGGCCUUGAGAGUAGCCCAGGAUUUUAAAAUAAUUGAACGAUGAUUCAUAAUCUGUUUUUUGAAUGGUGACAAAUAUGAAGAGAUUUUUUAAACAGAAUCUCUGUUUUGUGGUUAAAGAAAUGUCAAAGUUAUAAAGAAGAUAUGCAAUGCAGUUUUAAUUUUUCAAUAAAAGUUGAUCUUAAAACUGUCUUAUUUAUCUCAUAUAAUUUUUGUGAGCUCUUUUGUUUCCUUAAGAAUAUGAGACAAAAGCCAUAUAUUAUCCUUCACAUUAAAAAGGCAAAUUCUAAGGCCACUAUUUAGUUUUAAUUGUGAAUUGAAUGUCAGCUUGUACCAACACAGACUGAGGAAGAACCACAAGCUCUGAACAUUAAUCUUUGAAGAGGGUAGUUGAAAUAUUAGUAAUAUGUAAAAAUGCUUUAAAAAGUAUCUGUCUGUAUGGUGUUUUGUGUGGUUUCUGAAAUUCUCAUCCAACUUAUUCAUAAAGAGGAUCCAGGAAAGUGAAAAAAGAACUUCGGAAUGGGUAAAAAAAAUGAGAUCAAAUUGUUUUGGUAAAAAUGAUGCUAUUUAAUAUGUGAUUAUAUUUAUAAAAUUUAUAUUCUUGUAAUGCAGGUCUUACUUCCAGGAAGACUUGAAUACAUAGUUAAUUUUGUGUGCUUUGCCAUGCCACUGUUUGAUCUUGGUGUUUAUUUGCUAAGCAUAUUUAAAUCUGCACACACUCAGAGCUAUGAUGUUUUUAUGCAAUCAAAAAGUCCUCUUGACAGAAAUAGGGCUUUUAUGUAAAAAAUAAAUAAAUAAACAAAUAAAUAAAUAAAUAAAUAAGGAUGGGACUAGGAUACUAGGAUUAAAAGUGUUUUGAAAGGUAUUACGUUUCAGCAGUUAAGUGCUUGUCUGACAAAUUACAGAGAUGCCCCCACAAGAGGAGCCCCCACAGCGCCCCAUGGCGACAACACUGUGAAAUCAGUGCUAUGGGAUACUGGGUGACUGAUUGCAAGUGUUGAAAUUUUGCAUAGCAGAAAAUCUGUGAUUAUUCUUAUCAUAGUUAGUCAGGCAGUGCAAUUAAAACCGUCUUUCUUUGGAUGAGGGUUCAGCCACUUUUGUAGUAAGCAUUAUAAUGUGCAGUCUUUUACAGUGGAAAUGUUAGCAACUUUACAUUUGUGAGUCAAAUAAAUAUGUUGCGUAAGAGUAAUUUUGGAAAGGUGUACAAGGGAAGCUUAAUCUUACUAUCACAGAAGUUCACAGAAGAACUGUUGCUGAUUGCAUGAAUCAAUCUUACCCAUUCCUGGAACUGAAAGACCGUUUCAACAGAAUGGAACCCUAAGUUUGAGGUAGAAAAAUAUACUGAAAUUCUUAUAUUCUCUUAAAUAAAAAUAAAAAAAUAAAAUUAAAUAAAAUUAAAAAACAUGGUUGGGGGAUAUGCAUAAUGCAAUUGACAUCAAACAAAUCCAGUGUGUUUUACAUAGAGUCAUAUGUUUUAAAAUACACCAGAAACUGAGUUUGAGCAGAAAAUAGUUGAAAGGUAAAGUCUGUAAGAAUGUAUAACUUCAGGGAAAUAUUGUUUUGUUUAUUUUUUCAAAGUCAGACUUAAAUGAAGCAUAAUAAUUACAAACUACAAGUCUUUUCCUGUGUAAACAUAGUAUGAAUUAAUGAUUUUGUGGCAAAACUUGAAUUACAUAAUACAUGUGUAUCAACCUAUAUUAUGCAUGAUGCAUACAUGUUGUAUGUAUCCUGUAUAACAUGAAAAAGGUAAUUAAAAAUUUGGUUUCUAGACCAUAUUUUGGGGUAACCUGCCAUUCUACUGUGGGAGUCAAAAUAUUUUAAUUCUGUGUAUACUAAAUAUAUUGGAAAAUAAGAAUAAAUUUUUAAUUCAUAGAAGUAUAAAAAGAUUUUCAUGAUGUAGACAAAUUUUGAUUAAUUACUGCCAAGUGCAUUUGUGCACUAUCCAUAGAAAUGCCAUUGAUUUUUAGUAACAUGUAACACAGAUUUGAUUUUGAUUACUUUAGGGUAAGAUGAGCAUCCUGCAGGUAGGAUGAGGUUUAUUAAGAACUGUUUGUUUUUUUUCCCAAGUUAAAAAAAAA